AUGGAAAAAUUAAGGGAGCUAGGCUCGACUGAACUGUCGAGCGCUUCUACCCUGGCAUUUGUUCUCCUAAAGUUACUUAACUUGAGCGUCGAUAGACUCCAAACUCUCCGCGCAGAAGCAGAUGCCAAUGCUGAGCGUGCUGAGCGUGCUGAAGCUCAAUGCAAGGUUCAAGAAACGGAAAAUAUUACAAAAGAGAAAACCAUUAUGAGUCUCAAUAAUCAAGUCAUUCUUUUGGAAAAAGAACUAGAGGCAGCUCAGACUAAAAUCGAGGACGCGAAAAGUCUUAAAGAGGAAGAAGAGAAUCAGAAGGCGCAGAUCGAGGCGCUUCAAAGGAAGAUAUCCUUACUUGAAAAGGAGCUGGAUAUAACUGAGAAUAAUCUUAGAGAAACGACAGAGAAUGUGAGCGAAAUUGUACGAGAUGAGUGGACUUUUGUGUUUGGUACGAUUCCUAACCGAGACAUGUUUGAUCUAAUUAGACUACGUCAAACUGACGUCAAGGCUGAACACUUUGAACGGAAAGUGCAACAACUUGAGAAUGACAAAAUUCAAUUGGAGAUGCGCCUUGAAGAGCGGGAAAAUGAAAUGAAACUGAAAGAACAGGAGUUGGAGGACACUCUCAAACAAAUUGACAACAUUUAG